AUGAUCAAUAGUAAUAGUAAUAGUAAUUCAUGUGAAGAACCAUCUCCAAAAGAUUAUUUACACAGUACUACAACAACAAUGACAUCACCUUCUUCUUAUUCCUCGUUAAAAUCUGGUAGAGUGGUCAGUUUUUCUGAAGUGGGUGAUAGAAAUGGGUUUCCAGUUUUUGUUUUCUUGGGAAUGGGUUGUGUAAGAUAUUUUAUAGCUUUUUUCGAUGAUCUUGCUAUAAGCUAUGGUCUAAGAUUAAUAUGUCCGGAUCGUCCUGGAAUUGAUGUGAUAAAAGAAAUGUGCGAUAUGAUGGAAAUACGAAAAUUCUUUAUAAUGGCUCAUAGUGCUGGAGCACCUUAUGCUCUUGCUUGUGCAAUGAAAUUACCUGAAAUGUUACAGGGCACGAUAUAUUUGGUUUGUCCCUGGAUAAGUACUGCAGUAGCGAACAAUUUCAAAUGGUUGAAGUUUGUGCCAACACCAUUGAUGAAGCUAACAAAUUCCGCUGGUAUAUCGCUACAACAAAUGAUUCAUGGUCGCCAACCCUACUCGACAAAACAGAAUCACAGAACAUCAUCAGGUGCAUUAUCGGCUCAAAUGUCAAGUUUUGACAAGAAACAACAACUUGGCUUAGCGAUUUUGAAAGCUUCAUUUGCAGAGAAUUUGACAGGUGCAAAUAAUGAUUUGGUAAUGUGUUUUGAGAGAAAAAGACCAUUUGGGUUCUCGUACACGGAUGUGAAUCAUCCUGUACACGUGUUCCAUGGUACCAAAGAUGAUCGGAUUCCGGUUGCUGCUGUAAAAUGGAUGGAAGAGUGUAUGCCUGAUUGUAAGUUGACAUUGAUAAAUGGCGGGAAACAUUCUUUGUUUUUACGUGCUGAAGUGGUUGAUACGAUAUUUAGAUCGAUUGCUAUACAACUUCAUGUUAAAGAUGAUUGUAGAUUGUGUAGGAUGUCAUCAAAAUGUUGGUUGAUGGAAGAAGCUGAAAUUCGAGAAAGGGAAAGUGAACUAUUAGAGAAAAAGAAAAAUUCCAUCGAUAGCAAUAAUAGUAGUGAUUAUAGUAGUAUUUUGGUUGAUGUUAGCAAUAGUUUGGUUGAUAGAUUCAAGUAA